UCGAACAAAAUAUGUGCACAGCGCGUGCCGGGACCCUGUAGUUCGGGAACCCUCGACGGUCGGCACUAAACGUAUCCAGGCCAUCGGGCGACCAGUCCAACUUUAACUCCUGGGACCGUGAAGUCGCUGGCGUCGAUGCCGGCGAUCGACACGGAGAACUGGAAGUGGGAGAACGCCGCUGCCGGGGCCGUCGCCGGCUUCGCCACCGUUGCAGCCCUCCAUCCUCUCGACGUCGUUCGUACGAGGUUCCAAGUAACCGAUGGGCGAGUCACUAAUUUGCCACUCUACAAGAACACGGCCCACGCCAUUUACACCAUUGCGCGAACGGAGGGUUUGAGAGGGCUCUAUGCAGGAUUCUAUCCUGCAGUUUUUGGAUCUACUCUUUCAUGGGGACUGUACUUCUUCUUCUAUAGCAGAGCAAAGCAUAGGUACUGCAAGGGGAAUGAUAGGCAGCUCAGCCCUGGAUAUCAUCUUGUUUCAGCUGCAGAAGCUGGUGCUUUGGUAUGCUUGUGUACGAAUCCUAUUUGGCUUGUGAAAACAAGAUUGCAGCUUCAAACAUCCCAGCAUUAUCAACCAUAUUCUGGGUUUUCUGAUGCUUUGAGAACCAUUUUAAAAGAGGAAGGAUGGCGUGCACUUUAUAAAGGAAUUGGACCUGGACUUUUGCUUGUUACUCAUGGUGCAAUACAGUUCACGGUUUAUGAGGAACUCCGCAAAUUUGCUGUGCACUUCAAGGUUAAAGAAGGAAGGACAAACCUCAUUAAUGGUGAUAAUUUAUUGAAUUCUUUUGACUAUGCUACACUUGGGGCUUCCUCUAAAAUUGGUGCCAUUUUACUCACAUACCCCUAUCAGGUCAUUCGGGCCCGAUUACAGCAAAGACCUGGUAGUGAUGGAAUCCCGAAAUUUAGGGACAGUUGGCACGUGGUAAGGGAAACUGCAAGGUUUGAAGGCAUUCGCGGGUUUUACAGGGGCAUCACAUCGAACCUUUUGAAAAAUAUUCCAGCUGCUUCCAUAACAUUUGUUGUGUACGAAAAUGUACUCAAACUACUUAGGAUAGCCCAGGGACAGAAUUGAGUUUUAUUUAUUAACUGUGUUUCUUUCUAUAAUGUGUUUUUCUUUCAAUUGAUAUUUGCAUCAUUAUAAAUUGUAUACGAGAUAUGGAUAGGGAAUUUUUUCUUGGUGAUAUUACUGACUACAUCAAGAAAAUCUCAGGUGUUUCAACUACUUCAGCCGUGUAUAUUUAGUUGUGCUAGUUUAGUUCAGGUGAUA